GUCCAACAUCAAAAUAUUACAUAAAAACAUAUAAUUCACAACAAUGCGAAUACUGGAGUAAUACGCUAGGGGGCGUGUUUACAGCGUAGCGUGCGUCGCUGAGCUCACGGAAGGGACCAAAGUUUUUUGCUGACAAACAUGACGUCAGCUGGCGGAGCCCGUCAAUGCGGUAGUGACAGCGGAGGAACGCACUGACUGGAAAAGCACCCUGGACCAAUCAAUCCUGACACUAAAACUUAGCUCGAAACCUGGGCUGAAGGCGAUCGGAAGAGAGCCCGAGGCCGCAGAACACCAUGGGGAACGCGGAGGGAGGCUGUGGCGCUGGGAGCGGCGACGAGGAGGACGUAGAAACGGAGAGUCCCGUGUUCGCUGAGGGCAGCCCGGCCUCUGCGGCCACGGGCAACAGGGCCGGUAGCGGAGGUGGUGGAGGUGGCGGCGGCAGUGGUGGAGGUGGUGGCGCAGGAGGAGCAGCAGCGGCAGGCUCAGGUCCGGGGAGAAGCGGAAGGGGCACGGCGAACCCGCCGGCCCCGAGCUAUGGACUCCCCACUCCUGAAGCUCUGCUGGAGCAGGUGAAGCUGCGAGAGGCAGCGGCCCGUAUGAGCGACUCGUGGGUCGCCAUUUCGGAGUCGGUGCUGGCGCGCAACGAGAGCGCUCUGGUCCGCUGGCUGGAGGAGCGGCUGGGCCGCGGAGAGGAGUCUGUCACACUGGAGCAGUUCUGUGAAAUGCUGGAGAGCAGAGACGCGCCCAGAGAUGAGUGCGAGGAGGCCUUCGGUCAAUUUGAUGCUGAGGGUGAUGGGAUUGUUGAUGUGGAGAACAUGCUCAUGGCACUGAAAAACUCCAAUGGAGCCAACCUGCAGGGAGAACUCAGUCAUGUGAUCAGGCAGCUUCAGGCGUGCUCUUUGACUCCAGGAUUUGUGGAUAUCUUCUCCAAGUCCAAGGACCGUCUCAAAGCACAUGCCUCCAAAAUACUGAAAUUCUUGCACCGGAAUCGCAUACCCAGCAGCGCCAUCCCCUUCCCUGUGCUGGAAGGCUAUAACAGCAUCUGCACCAUGAGGUCAUCCGUAGUGCAAGACUUCUUGGAUUAUCUGUUACAGAAGGAGAAAGAUCUAGACAUCCAGUACAGAGCGGAGCUCAAUCAUGACCCAGAUGUAGAUAAGGUUAAAGUGGUCACCCAGUGCUACAGCUUCAUUGAAGCUUCGUCCAAUAGUGCAGAUAUCAACAAGCUGACCAAUGGUGAGACGGUGUCUUUCUGGCAGUCUGACGGUAGCGCUCGCUCACACUGGAUAAGGUUAAAAUUGAAGCCAGACAUAGUUUUGAGACGGCUAGCCAUUGCAGUAGCGUCUAAUGACCACAGCUACAUGCCACAGCUGGUAUCUAUAGCUGUAGGAAAGAACCGGAGAUCCCUGCAGGAGAUCAGAGAUGUGAGGAUCCCCAGUAACGUCACGGGUUAUGUACCGCUACUGGAUAACGCCAACAUCAGCCAUCCUUAUAUUCAGAUAAACAUUAAGCGCUGCCUUAGUGAUGGCUGUGACACACGUAUUCAUGGACUGAAGACAAUGGGCUACCAGAUCACCAAGAGUAAAGAGGUUUCGGUAUCCGACGCCUCGGCUAUAUGGUAUCUGUCGCUCCUCACAUCUCUGGUCACCGCUUCCAUGGAAACCAACCCUGUGCUUGCGCAGACCGUCCUACAGAGCACACAGAAAGCCUUACAGCACAUGCCGCCCCUGUCCUUAACGCCAUCUUCAAUGGAGUUCCCCAAAUUCCUCUCUGCAAACAUUCUGGAAGAGGUGGACGGCUUUUUACUGCGCAUAGCAGACUGCUGUGUGUCUCCUGACGCUGAGCUGACUCUGUUAGCGUUUGCUCUGGCUCGGGGCAGCGUGGCUAAAGUCCUCAUCUCUCUGUCUGGUAUCUGUGAGCAUCUGGAUUCAGAGUACAGAGCUUCCUCACUGCUGGCCUCUAUGGCGUCGGUUCGGUUAAGACUACUCUACCGUAACGGUAAACCCAUCCAGCUCCAUCUCCAGGCAUGUGAUGUGAAAAGUAAAGAGGAGAAGUCUGGCCCAGAAAACAUGCUGAUGGAGCCCAACACUGGAGAUGGUUUUCUGACAGAAAAUGGAAAGAGGAAAGCCAGUGUGAUUCUCUCCACUGAAAACCAGAGUUGCUUCCAGGUCACACAGAUCAAGAUAAAAGUGCGUAAAGGAGCGAUCGGUGCUAAAUGUGGCUUGGUGUUUGCCUACAAUGACAGUGAAGCCUUUGAUGCAGAAAAACACUUCAAAAGAUUCAAAAAAUACGACAGCUGGGACUACAAAGACUAUAAAGAAUUUGUCCAAGACAGCACAAGGAUGCCAGACACCAGUGAGGACGAGCCCAUUGGCUGGUUUGAGGUGGAAGAAGACUGGAACGACGUGGAGAUCAAGCUGCAACAAUGCAGAGUGUCAAAAUUUCUGAUGGUGAAGUUCCUGUGUGCUAGACAGGACACAGCAGAGCGGGUGGGGGUUCAGCAGAUGAGUUUCAGUGGUUAUUUGUGUCCAGACUCAGAGCGGAUGGAAGAUGUGGAGGAUCUGAAUGCUCAGGCUGAGGGGAGCAUUUCAGGCCUUGUUACGGGUCUUGCGCUCAUGAAGAAAACCCUUUAUUUCAUCCAGCAGCUCACCAGAGAUAUGGAUGUGUCUCUGUCCAAGCAGAAGUCCCUGCUGGACUUCAGUGACCUCAACCUACUGCUAUUCUGGAACUUUUACCGCAAACUCAGAUCUAUUGAGGGAGAGGAGGCCGUAAAGACAAGAGUUCUCCUGCUUCAGCUGCUCCAGAACUGCUUCCCAAUGCUGCCUAGCCUGACAGAAUCCCAGUCAUCAGACAUCACAGCCUCAGCCACAGCUUCAGCUUCAGCUUCAGCUUCAGCUUCAGCUUCAGCAUCAGCAUCAGCAUCACCCUCACCCAGCACAGACGUGGACCCUGCAGAAGCUGUCAGUGAGCUCUACAGUCACUUGUGUCAAGUGGUGGAUGGCCCUGAAGGAGAGACUGCAGUGGAGAAAGCUUUGAGAAAAGAAGCUGUAAAAGCUAUCCUCAAUGGAGCAGCCAUUUUCUUCCCCGACAAGCAGAGCCGGAGGGACAAACUCUUCCACAUGAUGAAAAACAUAACCGAGGAAAAUCAGGCAGAGUCUGUGAAACUUACAUUUGAGUCUCUCUGCAGUUACUUCAGCGAUCAGGACCCGAAAGGUCUCCUCUUGCUGCCUACUAAAGGAGCCCCAUCUGACUUUGACAUCUCACCUGUCCUGACCGUCAUGGACACGCUGCUCAUUGUGGCCACUAGAGAGUGUGAGGUGUUGAUGUUGGAUUCCAGAGGAGGGUCCAUUUGGAGGGUCCUGCUGUCUCUGUUCUGGGCUUUACAGGGCAGCCUGCUGUCCUGGUGCUUCCUACAGCUCAAAGGAGGAACGACCACCUCUGCUGAUCUGGCCAGGGAAAUCCUGCUUAAAUAUGUGGAACAGUUCCUGUCAGGUACCAGAGACAUACUGAGUCCUCUUAUUAAGCACUUCUCUGGAGCUGACAUCAUGGAGAAACUCAGUGGAUCCAUUCUUGCCAUGGCAACAAGACAGCUGACCAUCUUCCUGCUGGAGCUGUGCACUCUGGAUAUUCCUCACUGUGUGCUGCUCAAGAGAUUCUACCCUCUGGCAGACCUACUCAAGAAGCUGUCUAGUGACACAGAGGACAUCUUCUCCAAGGUUGAUAUGGAGGGCCGUCAGCAGACUCAGCAGCCUGUUGUAUUAAGGACGUGGCAUAUGGAGUCACCUCACAACUAUGAGAACAGCAGACACGAGACCACCGUCUUUGUCUGUCCUGGUGCCACGUCCUUCGAGGUGGAGUUUGAUGAUCGUUGUGAAACAGAGAAAAGGUAUGACUAUCUGGAAUUUACUGAUGCUAGGGGUGGAAAAGUGCGAUAUGAUAUGAAGGUCGGCACCGAGAAAUGGCCAAAGAAAGUGACGUUUAAAGCAGGUCCCCAGCUGCAGUUUCUGUUCCACUCAGACAGCAGUAAUAAUGAAUGGGGUUACAAGUUCACAGUGACAGCAUAUGGCCUUCCAGAUGUCACCGUGUCCUGGACCUCAGACCUGCAGCUCCUCGUGUCCAGGCUAAUGGGCCGUCUGGCUUCCCGCACCAUGGCUUUGAAAUCACCUUAUGAGAUCCGUGGUGUAAAAGAGUUACCUGCGGGUUUGAUGAACCACGUCCUGUCCUGUCCUCUAUGGAAGCCUAUGUUUAGACAUGGUUUGAGUGGACUUCCUGGAGAUAAAAAGUUAGGCCUGGCCAGCCCGGACACCGACAAGGAAGUGCCAGCUCCUUUGGGAGAUGAAUUGGUGGAAUUCCUGAAAGAGUUUGCCAGCUGGGAUCCUUUGCAGGAUUCUUCUGAUGGCAGGACGGAGCUCAUGAGGGCCCUUUUGAUGACCUGCAAGAAGCAGCUAAUCAGGAACGAGAUUGCUGCAGGCUCAAAAGUGGACCAGGCUGUGAACGCCACCUGGGCGGCCAUGGUGUAUCACACUCCAGCACUUCACAACAGUCUUAGGAGCUUUGUUGCUAAAAACGGUCAGAGCAGUCUUAGUGAGGACCUUCUCCAGGUCUACGCCCUUGCCGAUGGCAUCAGAACAUGGAUGUUGGAGAUGAAACAGCGCUACCUUAUGGGUAAAAUGAAUGGAAUAGAUGAAAAAAAAGAUGGACAAAGUGAGGUUACAAUGGAGUCACUUGCUGAAAUUUGCAUCAGUAGAAGUUUGUUCAUCUUCCAAUUUAGGCCGAGUGGAGGAACGUCUGCGCUUCCGGAACAAGAGCCUUCCAGACCAGAAGAUGGUGCUUGUGCUGCUCCUCUUCUUCAGUCUGUUUCCACCUCAGAGGGAGACUUCCAGCCUAGCCCCUCUGCUCCCUCCAUCUCUCAGACUCCUGAGGGAGCAGAAGCAGCGACGCCCCCAGGGGCAUCAGUGGAUGCUGGACCCUCCAGCAGCAUCAGUUCUCAGGGUGCCACAGGCUCCUCAGAAAGUCUUCAGUCCCAAACAGGAGAGCCCCUUUCCCCGUUAGUCUUCCCACGUAAAGCACCUUUCAGUCGGGGGCGCUUGAGGCUGCUUUCCUUACGAUCUAUGGAGGAGCCUCGCAUGGCACCGCCUGUUAAAGAGCGCUUCCCGAUUCUCAAACACAUCCUCAGCUUUAUGAAGGACAUGGUUAUUAAUGAGAGCAGUGUUCUUCAUACUCUGGCUCUGAAGAAGGCCCAGGCUCUGAGUGUGUGUGAGGUGCUGGAGCUCGUGCAGCAAUGUAUACUCACCCUGGGGAAACCGCACCUCUUCCAGGCACCCUGUAUUUUGUUUCUCCAGGAACUCUUGGCAUGUCAGAAAGAUUUCACCAAUUACUUUUCUCAGUUGGCGGGCAGCGGGCAGGAGAUGAGAGAGCUGGUCAGGCACUCGUAUCAUCAGCUGGUUCUCAUGCUAGUAACGGCCGUGCAGGGCUUCAGUGCACUGAACGAGAAGGUCCUGCUGCCUGCCCUGUCAUGUGUGCAGACGUGUCUGCUGCAUUUGCUGGAUAUGAGCUGGGAAGCAGAAGAUUUGUCACUGUUUCUGGACAUCAAACUGCCUGAUCUGUUGCUCACCAUGUCCCAAGAAAACAUCAGUGUGCAUGAUAUUGCCAUUAGUCAGUGGACGGAGGAAGAUGAGAUCGCUGACUACGAGAGGAACUGUGAAUGGAUGGAUGAGUGCUUGGAUGGCAUGUUUGAGAAAUGGUUUGACAAGAUCAGUCAGGCCUCAGUAGAGGACAAGAGAAAGAUGCACAUGUUCAUUGCACGCUACUGCGACCUGCUGAAUGUGGAGAUUUCCUGUGAUGGCUGUGAGCGGAUCGCACCGUGGCAUCGCUACCGCUGCCUGCAGUGCACAGACAUGGACCUCUGCAAGACCUGCUUCCUCAGUGGUGCUAAACCAGAAGGCCAUGAGGAUGACCAUGAGAUGGUAAACAUGGAGUAUGCCUGUGACCACUGCCAGGGCCUUAUCGUGGGCAGUAGGAUUAACUGUAAUGUCUGUGAGGACUUCGAUCUCUGCUUUGGUUGUUACAAUGCCAAAAAAUACCCAGACAGCCAUCUGCCCACCCACCGUAUCACAGUGUACCCUAUGGUCACCAUCCGCAUCAGUGACCGCCACAGACUCAUUCAGCCCUACAUACAUAACUACUCCUGGCUCCUUUUUGCCGCGCUCGCCCUGUUCACAUCCGAACUGGUCAGCGAGAAAGCACAGGAUGGAGAGCCUCUGGAUGAUGUCACCCUCGGUUAUGCCAGGGCUCUGCAGACUCACUGCUCUGACAUCAUCAAUGAGUGCCUGCUGAAGGGACAGACAGGAAAAGGUUUGCGAGCCUCUGCUCUGCUGUCCCUGCUUUCUUCAAAUGAAUCGGCCACAGAGAGUGAGCUGUGUCCUGCGACGGCUGGCUCUUGUCAGGACAUCAGCAGCACAGACACCUCCUCGCUUCCCAGCAGCACUACAGCUAUUUGCACUCCACCGCUACCUAGAGACAAAAAACCACAAGAGCAGGAGCCGAAUACAGAAGGGGAUGAGAAGAGAAGAAGGAAGCUUGUCUCUCAGGAUACAUCAGACUCGUCCAGUGCAAGUCAGACACCUUCUGUGUCUAGUGAAGACACACUGUCCCCUGGAGUCAGAGAGUCAAGUGGAGACACUAUCACAUCUCCUACCUCAGAGACUAUGGACGCAUAUAAAGACCAGGAGGAAAAGACAGCCCGGGGACCGCUACAGGAACAUGUGUUUGCCGAAUGCUCCAGAGAGAGAAUUCUGGGAUUGUUGGCAGCCAUGUUGCCUGCAAACAAACAGGGCAGCUCGCUGUCUUUGUCCAGCCUGAGUCCCAUCCUGCCACUGCUCUUCAGAGUGGUCAUCUCGAACGCUGGCUGUCUGAAUGAAACAUACCACCUGACACUAGGCCUUCUGGGACAGCUUCUGUUAAGGAUCUCUCCUGCGGAGGCCGAUGCAGCUGUGGCGGAGGCACUGACAGACAAAUUUGAGUUACUCGCCCUCGGAGAUGGAGCAGCACUUGAUGUUCCCGGCUGGAAGACCACUCAAUUGCUCUUCAGUCUGGGAGCAGUGUGUCUGGACAGUCGUAUCGGUCUGGAUUGGGCGUGCUCUGUGGCAGACAUCUUGCGAAACCUGAACAUUUCUUCUCAGUGGUGUGCUGUUGUGGCAUCUUUCACUGAUCACUGCAUUCAGCAGUUACCACAGCAACUCAAGAGAACCAAUCUCUUCACUUUGCUGGUGCUUGUGGGAUUCCCUGAGGUGCUGUGCAUGGGGACUCAGGCUGUUUUCAUCGAUAACGCCAACGAACAACAUAAUGUGAUUCUGCUCAAACACUUCACUGAAAAGAACAGGGCUGCUGUGGUGGACGUGAAGACUCGUAAGAGGAGAACAGUGAAAGACUACCAGUUGGUCCAGGCACAUGAGAGCAGCAGCAGGAAUGAUGCAGAUUCUCAUGAGGCACAAGCCGUUUCCCCGACCUCCGCCCACCUGAGCCGCUACAUGAAGAACUUCACCUCCAUUGUGAGUCACCUGCUGCAGGUCGGGGUGGAGAGCAGCGCCCAAGAUGCUGUGGAGGCCACCUGGGUACUUUCUCUGGCUCUUAAAGGACUCUACAGCACUCUCAAGAAGCAUGGGGUGGAUCAAGCCCAGGAGGCCAUCCAAGGCUCUGGCCUGAUGCAGCUCCUGGUCCGUAAGUGCAGCAAGGGCACAGGCUUCAGCAAGAUGUGGCUUUUGCGAGACCUAGAGAUCCUCUCCAUCAUGCUUUAUUGCUCCAAACGAGAGAUUCACUCCAUGGCAGAGGAUGCAGAUACUGAGACAGAUGGAGAGAAGGAGAGAGAGAAAGAGCAUGACUCUGAUCACUCCAGCUGCUGCGCCGAUGACGCUGAUCCAAACAGACCGGAUCCACUGGAAGGAUUGGAUGAAGAGACAAAGAUCUGUUUCCAGAUUACUCAUGACGCCCUGAAUGCACCACUGCACAUUUUGAGAGCCAUGUAUGAGCUCCAGAUGAAGAGGACGGAUUCUUUCUUCCUUGAGGUGCAGAAGAGGUUUGACGGUGAUGCUAUAAAAACCGAUGAGACUAUUCGUACGCUGGCACAGAAGUGGCAGCCAUCUAAAAGACCUCGUUCUGAGGAAAGAAGCACCAAGGCUGUAGAUACCGAUAUUAUCAUUGUGCCCUGUGUGUCUAAACCAACCCGGUGUGAUCGAGCCACAGAAGAAACAAAUGUUGUCACACAGAAACUCAUCACCAACACAGAGAGUGACCUCCAGCUGAGUUAUGCUAAACAGCGGCGCACCAAAAGCUCAGCUCUGCUGCAUAAAGAGCUGGACGCUCGCAGUAACAAAGCAGUGCGACAGUAUCUUUUCAAAGUGAAUGAGGCCAUUGCUAUUCUGUACGCGCGUCACGUGUUGGCGACGCUGCUGGCCGACUGGCCCUCUGACACUCCCAUCAGAGAGGAAGACCUGGAGUUGAGCGGAGCUUCUCACAUGGCCUACAUACUAGACAUGCUCAUGCAACUGGAGGAGAGACCGAUGUGGGAGAAGAUCUUGCAGAAGGUUCUGAGGGGCUGCAGCCAAAGCAUGCUGGGUAAUCUGUCACUGACAGCAUGCCAGUUCAUGGAGGAGCCAGGAAUGGCCGUGCAGGUCCGCGAAUCCAAGCACCCCUAUGACAACAACACUAACUUUGAGGAUAAGGUGCACAUCCCUGGAGCCAUCUUCCUGUCUGUGAAGUUCGACUCUCGCUGUCACACGGAAGAAGGAUGUGAUGAGCUCCUUAUGGCCAGCAGUAGUGACUUCCUGCAUGACCUGCACACUUUCAGUGGUUCUCACCAGAAAUGGACCGACUUUGAGAUUCCAGGGGACACCCUCUACUACAGGUUUAUAUCAGAUAUGAGUAACACAGAAUGGGGCUACAAGUUUACUGUGACUGGUGGCCAUCGAGGACGCUUCCAGACUGGUUUUGAGAUCCUGAAGCAGAUGCUAGCAGACGAGCAGGCACUGACUCACCUCCCGCUGGCUGACAUCUGGGAGUGGCAGGUGGGCGUGGCCUGUCGGCAAACAGGAAACCAGCGGCUGAAAGCCAUUCACCUGCUGCUGCGGCUCCUGCAGUGUCCGUCUCAAUGGGAUUGUGACCUUACGCUUCUGCGGCCGCUGUGGCAGCUCUUCACUACUAUGGAAAGUGGGUUGAUUCAGGACCCCACCAGCAUCACGGUCCUCCUUCCUCUCCAUCGUGCUCUCACUGAGCUCUUUUUCAUAGCUGAAUCCAAGGCCAUGGAGCAGGACGUCCUGCAGGAGUACCUUCUCGCUCUCACUACCAAUGAACAGCUAGUAGUGCGAACUGCACAGGCACUGAAGAACAUCGCAGCCAUCAGCCUGGCCAUUAAUUACCCAAAUAAAUCCACUAAGCUGCUCAACCUGUCCCCCUGAAAGAGGGAUGAAAGAGAGAUCGAGAUGAGAGAAGGGAAGCUUGCCAGAGGCCCACGGGAACGGCCUUCUGCGCUCGGCGGCUGCGGCAAGAGCGGGCCACAUACAGUAUCGUCUUCCAGAAAAGCCCACCUGUAAACCCAACCCUUCGCUGUUGAAUCAUUAUAAAGUCUCUUUAUAAUCGCUAUUUCUCAUCCUGAGCUCACCUUGUCCAUUUUACCUCUUCUUUAAUGAGAGUUUAGUGGGCUGUGCCAAUUUUGUGUCUCACCCGUAAGCACACGUUUCUCCGUUCCUUCGUUUUCUUUUUCUUUUUCGGAAAAGCCACCGUGGGCAAGACAAUCGAUCAAAGUGAAAGCAGGUCACCUUUCCCUGCCUCACACACUCUCCCAGGAUGCAUUGCCUAAAAAUACGAAGCUGCCGGCGCAGCCUCAUCCUUCAAAGUGGCCCGAGACUACAUGUACGACUCACAAUAUAUCGACAUCGACCGGAAACCGUGGGGCCUUCUCUCUGUUCACUCUCAGUGGAGCCUGAUGAGCUGAUGUUUGUUCAGUGCUAGCAGCAACACUCGAAAACCACAUGCUUGACGUGCCACGUGAGUCCAGUAGGCGCCGUUUGCCUUAAGAGAGCGGCUCUAAGUGAUCUCGCAACUAAUUGUGGAUCAGUUAACAAAGCUAUGCGAUGUCCUAGUAAGAGGAAUGUCAGCGCUUGUGUCUUACAUUGUCAUGUCCCAGAUUUUAAACUCACUCAUAAUGCUGCAUAUACCACAAGGAAAUGUAGAGCACUAUGUACAGGAAUAUCACUUUAUGUUGUGCUGCAUGCAACACUGGACUAAACCAUGAUGUCCAUUACUGUUAGCGACAUAUCGGUUGGUGUUUUAGAAACGUAUUCUGUAAUAUCGCUGCGGUUGGAAACUGUUCGAUUUGACAAAAUUGCAGGUUUAGGAAAUGGUCUUGAGGUGCAGAACUUGAUAAUCAUAAUCUUCAUCCAUCAAAGUGGUUUGAGACUCAGUAGUAUUUGAACUGUGGUGACAUGGAUACGGUUAUGGAAGUAUGGGUGUUGCUUUAAAAAUAUAUAUUUAUUAUUAUUACAGGGACAUUAUUUGGUGAAUCUUGAGUGGUUUGUUGGCACAUUACAGGUAAAGGCUGUUCUUAGUUCUAACCAAUGUUUAUUUAAAUAGUAAUUUUAUUAAUUGUCUUUUUUUUUUGUUUUUGCCCUGUAGCAAAAUGUUUCUUUUUUUAUGAAAUAUCAUAGAGGUCGUUGAGGUUUUUGGGGUUUUUUUGUUCUUGAUAGGGGUAUUCAGGUCUGUUUUUAUUUCAGUUUGAUUUAAUUUUAGUGGAAAAUGACUAGAGAAUGGAUGGUUAUUUAUGCCAAAGAAUCAUUUUUGUUUGAAAGAGAAGCAUCUAGUGCAUGAAAUGCAUAUUUAUCUUCCGGAAAGAGGGGGGUCUUAUUUUGGGGGUGGCUGGCGAUUGUGGUGUGGAGUGUUGGACUCCAGUGACAGACACAGAUCCUUUACUCCUCAAUAUUUUUGUUUACAUGUGUACUAGCAUGGAGCAGCCUCGGUUCGGGUGGGUUUCGAAGUGUCUGCCAGGAGAACUUCCUGUCACUCUAAAGCCUCAGAUAUUAACAAACAAUGUGCCUAUGUUUAAAAUGAAGCAAUCUUAAUUUAAUCUUCAUAUCAUUGUAAAGGUCCUCUCUUCAGCUAUAUUUUUAAAGAAAAUAAUAUAGUUUAAUUUGGAACGUUUUCUAUCUAUUUUAUUUUUAUGAAUGUCUUUUUCGUUUCCGAGUUCAUGGCUUCAAUCGCUUUGAAUUUGACAUGAAUGUAUAUAGUUGUGAAUAUGGAUAAUUACGUAAAUAAUUGAUAUGGAAAUGAUUUUUUUUCAUGUCAGCCCCCCACGUUAAAAAAAUGUCCGUAUAAUGUACUAUAUUGUUGUAAGUUUUCACUUUUGAAUUGAUUUGCUACGUCACACACACAAAAAGAAAACAACAAAACUGCUUUGGGUUGAUUGCUCAUUUGUUUUUAAUUAAAAAAGCAAGAUAUGCAAAUUCA